CCGCAACGGCGAUCUCUGAGUAGCCAUGCAGUCCCAGCUACAACCUCGCCUCCAACUUCAGGGCACACGGCUCAAUUGGUUGCCGCAAAGGUCAUGCGUUCAGCGUCGCUCGCUUCGAGUGGAUGCGACGUCGGGAGCUGCUCCUCCGCCCCCUGCUGGAAAGGAAUUGUCAAAUGACAUGGUCACAAGACAAUACCGGCGCACGGUAUAUGAUUUCUCGCUCUGGGCCAAGCAUCGGGACGUAAAUCGCUACCUUUAUAACCUCAAGACCAUCCCCGGGUCACGAAUCAUCCGCACCCUGGGCCAGCCCAUGGGUAUCGUACUGGCGUGGGCAGCGAUGUUCGGAUUCUACGAGACGUGUCUGGAGUCCGGCGUCCUGCCAUCCUACUUUCCAAAGCUGACCCUCAUGUCCGCCGAGCCGCAGGGUCUGACCUCCUUCGCAUUGUCGCUGCUGCUGGUCUUCCGUACAAACUCAUCGUACGGCCGAUUCGACGAGGCGCGCAAGAUUUGGGGCGGCAUUCUGAACAGAGCACGUAACAUUGCGAACCAGGCCGUCACGUUCAUCCCGGCGGAGGACGUUGCGGGGCGCGAGGCGGUGGGCAAGUGGGCCGUGGGUUUCUGUCGUGCGCUCCAGGCCCACCUCCAGGAGGAUGCCAACCUGAGGGAGGAGCUGCAGAAGGCCCAGCCGCGGUGGUCCAGGGAGGAGAUCGACAUGCUGUGCAGCGCGCAACACAGCUGGCAGCAGCUUCAAUCGUGUGUGAACGCGUUUUGGCCAAUCAAGGCCAUCAGCAUGCUGUCCGAGCUCACACGCCAGCUGCCCAUCUCCCAGUUCCAGGCGCUGCAGAUGCAAGAGAACGUCACCUUCUUCUACGAUGCGCUAGGGGGCUGCGAGCGACUGCUCAGGACGCCCAUUCCCGUGUCGUACACACGAAUUCUGCCCCUGGACGCGAUCUGCACCCGCGCCCAAACGGACGUCGUUAGCCUGCUGAAGGACGACCCGGCAGUUGUGAAGUACAUCUCAGAUGUACGGCAGGGCCGCAUUGCGCCACCCACUGAGCCCCCCGUCGCGGGGGCAGCCCCCGUCGCAGCAGCGCCGCCGCCGCCGCCGCCAGCAUCCGCCGGCGGCGGCAUCAGCCGCAGCGGGAGCCCCACGGCGCAGCAGCAGCCCGACGUGAUGAAGACGGUAACGUCCAUGCUUCAUAAUGUCAAGGCCGGCAUCGGGGCCGUCGCGCCAGCGCCGCCUCGUCCGCCGUCACCGCAGCCGCGUGCGCGCUCACCGCGGGCUGCAUCCCCCGGCGGGCCGAGCCCCUUCCCGCGAGCAUCUGCCGGAACGGGCGGGGCGGCGGCCGCCGUACCGUCGCCGCCGCCGAUUAAGCCGCUUACGUCGUCCUCGUCAUCCUCGUCGGGUGCUGUGUCCAAAGAUAGUAACAAUUCGACGGCGACGGCAAAGAAGCCGGCGUCUGCUCCUGCGGCCUCUAGCGCCGGGUUUUCUAUGGGCUUUUCAGGACUUGCUGACGGCGCCGCCGCCGCGGCAAAGUCGGCAUCGGCCGCCGCCGCCAAGUUUUCAAAGAUUGCGGACAGCGUGGUGGCGGGCACGCCAGCGGCGCCAGCGUCGGAGGCCAAGCGGGAGACCGCCGCCGCCGCCGCCAUGCAAGCGCAACCUCGGAAUACCCCUUCGUCAUCAUCGUCGACGCCGUCAGCAGCGCCGGCAAACGGCAGUAGCGACGACGACCGCAGCAGCAGUGGCCGCCGUACUGCCGCCGCCGUCAACUGGCGAGAGGAGCUGGCGGCACUGCGGGCAGGCCGCGAGGACGCAGAAGAGCCGGCGUCGGCGUCGGCGUCGUACGAUAGGGAGUUUCCGUCGUCAUCAUGGUCGUUUUCGUCGGCGUCAUCGGCGGCUGUCGUACAGAGCGGCGACGCCGAAGACGAGGCCCGGCGGCGGUUCGGGGGGCUGGCGGGGCGCGGAGCCCGCAGCGACACCACCACCUCGGCAGCGGCGGUGAUGCGUGGCAACGGUAACGGUUUGAGCGAGAAUGGGUACGGCAACGGGUACGGAAAUGACAACGGGAACGGGAACGGCAACACGGUGGAGGCACGAGGCGCAAGGCCACGGACCCGCCCAGAUUGGCGUAAUCAGCUGUAAUGCAAUGUAAUGUAAUGCGAGACCCGUCUUAGGAUUUGACUUUCGUUUUUUAAAAAAAGAGCACCGCGGUGUGAUGUUUUCUUAAUCUUAAAUUGUCCUAUAGACGCUGUUGGCCGUGUUGCCAGCGUGUACGUGACGUGGAAAGUAUCACUAGCGCUGCCACCUCGUCGUACACCAUGACCCCAGUUCUAAACUUCGAUAAAUAUCAUGUAUAUUUCUAACUCCUAUAUAUAUAUAUCAUUUGGCGGCUGUCUCCUUAGCUGAGAAAGUUGAAAUCACCCUUCAUCCGUACGGCCGUACGGCAUUAUUCGGGAAAUCUCGCGAAAUUUUGUCAAGGCUCGCGAGGCACACACAAGCGCACCGGUGCCAGGGUACAUUAGGACCUUUCGGAAAAAAGUCAAGUUGAGACGGUUCGGGCAGUUUUUAGGAUAUGUAUACGAGGUGUCGCGGUUUAAGGUAGGAAGGGGCGUCAAGCAAGGCUGUAAAAAUGUUAUUACGCUUGCAUGCAUGCAUGCGUGCGCGCGAGCGAGGGAGUAUGUGCGGGUUGAUGUGAGGUGGUGAUGAUGAUGCUUUUUUCGGGCUGUGUAAAAAGCUAUUGAGGGAUCUUUGAGAGGAGUGUGUUGAGUGUGAGGCUAAAUUAAAAAAAAAAAGAACGUAGUGCAUGCGAUGCUGCGUCCCCCCGUGUAAAGUAAU